AUGCCUUCCGAAUCCCGCGUCGAGAACCCCUUCUUCCAUCCCCUCCUCUUCAUCUUCCAGCUCUGGCAAUGGUUUGCCGACAAGAUCUUCUCGCCCACGCCCCCGGAGCCGAGCACACGCCUGAGCCGGCCCAAGGUCGCUGUCAUUGGAGCUGGUAUCACUGGCGUUACCUCCGCCGCCCAUUGCAUUGGGCAUGGCUUCGACGUCGUCAUCUUCGAGGCUGGUAGCCGCGAGAACCUUGGCGGCAUCUGGAGUAAAGUGAACAACUCUUCGAGCCUGCAAAUCCACUCAAUGAUGUUCCGUUUUCAUCCCUCGGUCAAGUGGGAGCGCGGAUACCCAGACAGACAACAGAUCCUCAGCCAGGUGAAGCAGCUUUGGCACAAAUAUGGUCUGGAAACCCGCACCAAGUUCAACACGCCCGUCGAGAAGGUCUAUCAGGAUGAGAAGGGCAGAUGGGUUAUCAACAACACCGCCAAUGGCCACUUUGAAGGCAUCAUCACCGCCGUCGGGACAUGUGGUGAGCCCAAGAUGCCCCGUCUCCCGGGCAUCGAGGACUUCAAGGGUCACGUCUACCACUCCAGCCAGCUGACCGGAAAGAACGCCAAGGGCAAGAAGAUGGUCGUCAUCGGCGGCGGCGCCAGUGCUGUCGAAGCCUUGGAGUUUGCCGUGGAUGAGGAGGCAGACAAAACUUAUAUUCUGUCUCGCAGUGACAAGUGGAUUAUUCCCCGCAACCCGAUCGUAAACAUGCUCCUCGCCAUGAAUAUCCUGGGCCAAGAAACCCGCCUGUCAUGGAUCCCUGAGACUCUGUUGCGAAAGCUUUUCUACCGAGACCUGCAGGGGAUCGCACCCCACGACAAGGGAAUCUACAUGGACACGCCGAUGGUUAACAGCCAAGUCAUGGACACCAUUCGAUCCGGCCGUGCAGAGUGGAUUCGCUGCGACAUUGAGGGCUUUACUGCCGACGGAGUCAUUGUCAACAAACGCGCGCAGGGCGUUCCCAAGGGAGGACCCGGCAGAAGACAGGUUGUGCCUGCGGACAUCAUCGUCAUGGCCACUGGCUACAAGCGUCCCUCGUUGGACUUCCUUCCCGAUGACUGUUUCAACGAGCCGUAUCAGCCUCCCAACUGGUACCUCCAGACUUUCCCCCCUUCCCACCCCUCCAUCUCUGCUAUCAAUUGCACAUACGUUUCAGCCAUUGGAACCGUCGGUAACUGGCACAUUGGUAUCUACACCAGGAUUCUCCUCAUGUUCCUCAUUGAUCCCAUGACAAGACCGCAUCCGUUCUGGAUGAAGGCCUGGAUCGAGAUGACCAAGCUUCUUAAAUCCGCUUCUCCCACUGGUGCUUUUGACUUCUUUACUUACCUCGAGCUCAUCUGGUGGUUUGCCUUCAGCGUCACCUUCAACCCGUUCCGAUGGAAGUGGGCCUUCUUCGUCUUCUUUGGCUUGGGCUUCAUGCUACCCAAGAGAGUCGUCGAGAUCGAGAGCCGUAUCCGCAACGGCAUGGGCUUCCAGGAUGAAGUUGGUCGCGACGUUGGACACAGCAUCUGA